CGUCAGCAUAAAACAUUCCACUCCGCCCCUUUGCCAUGGACAACGACUACUUCUCAAUCGACGCGAUUCUCGCGGAGAACCAGAAAGUUCAAUGUAAAUUCAAACAACGGAUUCCGGAGAUGGGUCAUCUUGGCGGAGGUUCUGAACGCGAUAUAACGCCUCUUAACAAACGUCAGAUUCCAAUCUGGCUGGCGUACAUCAUUAUAUACUCCGAUUGGGCUGACUUUGAUAUCCCACGACCAUUUUCCAACAAAGUACGAAACGCUCUGCGUGCAGAGCCACGGAGUGUUCGUCUAUCGAAUUUAGUUGGCGCAGGCACUGGUUGGUACGUGUUCGGAAAAACAAUCAUGGAUAUGCUUGGCGACGAACAAGGGGUCGAAAUGUCGGAAAUGCUUGUCACAACAUUCAAAGGACGCCUAGUAGACGUGAUUGACCAAGCACAACACUUUGCUGCUUUAGGCCCAGUGGGAGGAGGAGGUGGUGGUGGUAUAGAUUCCGCUCCACAAAUGUUCAGGGAGGGAUUGGAUACUACGGAGCGCGAACUGUUUGUGUUAGCACAGGAAAGUGCCCGGCGGAUGAAGAAGUGGUAUGAAGAAAGUAGCGGAGGAACGAAGCGGGUAUCGUGAAGUAAUGCAGCGACAUCAUGAAUCCUUUUUUGCUUUCUGGGAGUUGGUGUUCGCUGUUGAGCUUGGGUUUUCUUGAAGGGGUGUAUUUCUCAGUUCAUAAACGAACCUACACAUUUUUGUGAAUAAGUAUACUUUUCCGAUGUAUAUGUAUUAUUAUUCACCAUUUAACACUCGCCCAGAGC